GGAGUCGAAAACAUCUAGACGGGAGUUGUCCGGUACAGUGGCCGCCUUCUCUCUCAGUUUUCCUGCUCAUCCUGCUUUCGUUCAGCGACCCAUGGCGAUUCAGUCUGCUCUUAAGUUCCACCUUCUUCUGUGCUUAUCAAUCCUCUUGCUUUCAUCUCCUCAUGCUCAAGCUCGGAGGGUCAAAUACUGCGAUAAAAAGCAAAACUAUGCUGUGAAGGUGGCUGGAGUUAAUAUAAUGCCUGAUCCCGUGGUGAGAGGGAAGCCUGCUACCUUUAAAAUAUCAGCUUCUACUGGUGAAGCUAUUUCCGGUGGGAAACUAAUAAUUGAAGUUUCAUACUUUGGGGUGCAUGUCCAUACAGAAACCCGUGAUCUAUGUGAUGAAGUGUCCUGUCCUGUUGCACCAGGCGACUUUGAGAUUGCUCACACCCAAACACUGCCUUCAUUUACCCCGCCAGGUUCCUACACUUUAAAGAUGACGAUGGAGGAUGUGAACGAAGAGCAGUUAUCUUGCAUUAGCUUCAACUUCAAAAUUGGUUUUAGGUCUUCAGUGUCGGAUGUUUAAACGUGCUUUCCAUCAUUGAUCUCCUAUGUUCCUGUAGCCUUCAAUUCGUAGUUGUUGAGUGUCUUGUUAUAUGUGCUAUGUGUAUGUCAGCUGUCCCAACGCAUGAACCAAUGCAAAUUACUGUGCGAACAUAUAUUUGAUUGUAUCAGUGGGUCUGCUCUGCGGACUCUGAAGUGGUAUUUGCAUAGCAUGACGCAGUUUCAUGUUAACCUGAUUUCCUCCAUGAGGAUAUUUUUCUCA